GUGGACACAUGCUGACUUCCAUCUUCGCUGCGUUGAGUUUCACACAGCCAUGACCCGGAAGCAAAAAGUGUUAGCUAGUAAGCGUUGAUAUCCCAGCGAGCCGGUGAUCAGAAUUUCUCUUUUCAGCCAUCUUGGAUCUGAAGCCCUGACACAACAUGCCUGGUGAAGCCACGGAGACCGUUCCGGCUAUGGAACAGGAGAUGCAGCAGCCACAGGGGGAGACUGCUCCAGUUCCUCCUGUGGCGGCCGCUGCAGAAAAGUCAGCAAUUCCUCCCACUCCUUCCAAGAUGCUUUCCUCCACUUCUCCAAACUCUGCGGCUGCUAGCGCCCCUGCUGUGCCUAAAACUAAAGAAUCUAAGGGUGGCCCCAAGCAGUCAUCCUCUCCUCUCUCCUCCACCUCGAGCCCUGUGCCUGUAGCCACCAAGCGCCAUUCUUCAUCUGCUUCUGCCUCCUCCCCAACUUCCCCCAAGUCCUCUUCCUUCCCUCGCUCCCCCAAAUCAUUCUCCUCCUCUCCUCAUUCCCCUUCCUCUCCAAAAUCCUUUACCUCCCUCCCUCGCUCCACUCCUCCCUGCUCCCCCCUGGCUUCUCCCUUAACACCUCCCCAGGGUGGCUUUUCGGGUCCUGGUCAGGGAGAGGGGUCCAGCCCUCAGCCAAAGGUGGUCAAAGCUGGUGAGCGAAAGAAAGCAAAGAGGAGUGCCAAAGCACAGCAGCCUGCUAAAGCUGCCCCACCUGCUGUCCCAGCUGAUGCCCCACUCCAGGCUAGCCCUGCCCCUGAAGUACCCUCUCCCUCCAAGAAAGAGCCCGAGGCCACAUCAGCUAAGGAAGCAGUCCUGCUCUCCUCUCCUGUUGCUGACAUCCCUGUUCCAGCCCAAAUCCCUGCUGCCCCACUACCUCCACCACUAAAAACCAAACUGGUCCAACCCAAAGUGGACAUCAGUGUCCCAGCACUUGUCAAAGAUGAUGUAGCUGUUGCAACUGCGGUUGAAGCAAAGUCUGCCAUUGAGGCCAAGCCCGUGCCUGUGGAGGCCCCGGCUGAGGCCAAGCCCGUGCCUGUGGAGGCCCCGGCUGAGGCCAAGCCCGUGCCUGUGGAGGCCCCGGCUGAGGCCAAGCCCGUGCCUGUGGCGGCCCCGGCUGAGGCCAAGCCCGUGUCUGUGGCGGCCCCGGCUGAGGCCAAGCCCGUGCCUGUGGCGGCCCCGGCUGAGGCCAAGCCCGUGCCUGUGGAGGCCCCGGCUGAGGCCAAGCCCGUGCCUGUGGCGGCCCCGGCUGAGGCCAAGCCCGUGCCUGUGGCGGCCCCGGCUGAGGCCAAGCCCGUGCCUGUGGCGGCCCCGGCUGAGGCCAAGCCCGUGCCUGUGGCGGCCCCGGCGGAGGCCAAGCCCGUGCCUGUGGCGGCCCCGGCUGAGGCCAAGCCCGUGCCUGUGGCGGCCCCGGCUGAGGCCAAGCCCGUGCCUGUGGCGGCCCCGGCUGAGGCCAAGCCCGUGCCUGUGGCGGCCCCGGCUGAGGCCAAGCCCGUGCCUGUGGAGGCCCCGGCUGAGGCCAAGCCCGUGCCUGUGGCGGCCCCGGCUGAGGCCAAGCCCGUGCCUGUGGCGGCCCCGGCUGAGGCCAAGCCCGUGCCUGUGGCGGCCCCGGCUGAGGCCAAGCCCGUGCCUGUGGCGGCCCCGGCUGAGGCCAAGCCCGUGCCUGUGGCGGCCCCGGCUGAGGCCAAGCCCGUGCCUGUGGCGGCCCCGGCUGAGGCCAAGCCCGUUGUGGCUGAUAAACCCAACUUGCCUCUCUCUCCAAAGAGCCCUGCUGCUCAGAAUUCCUUCACUGUGAUGUCUGUGCCUGCUGCCCCUGCUCCUUUGUCCUUUGCUGCUGCUGUUGCUCAAGGUCUCCCUGUAAGCCCCAAAGUGGAGCCUGUGGCACUACCAGUCUCUGAGACUGCUAAAGCCAUGCCUUCCCCCAAAGGUGUGCAAGUUGUCCAACCAGACAUGGCAAAGUCCACCGAACAACCUGUAGCCACCCCUGUCUCUCUUCCAAUGAGUCCCGUAAUCACCCCGGCAGUCGAGCCCCCUUCUGUUACUAACCAGUCUAAGCCUUCUCCACCUGCAUCUGCUGCAGAAAAUGCUCCGUCUUCCAUUGCCCCUCCUCCCGCUCCCCUCUCAGUUCCCACCCCAGCCCCAGCUGCUGCUCCUGUCCUAACGCCACCUCCCAAAGCUGUGGCUCCAGCUGCUGCCCCACCCCUAGCUCUAGAGGAGGAUGACGAUGAACUGCCCCCCCUUAUUCCCCCAGAGGAGCUGGUCAGCAUGCCCAUUUUCCACCGCCCUGUCGUAGUGGAGACUCCCCUGAAAAAAGACCCAGUCGCUACCGUACCUCCAGUCACCCCCAUCUCCACCCCCAAACCCACUCCUCUUCCAACCCCUGCUGCUGUACCUCCAGUCGCGCCUGCCUCCAUUCCCAAACCUGCUCCAGCUCCAGUCCCUUCAAAGCCGGAGCCUGUGAUCAAGAACGACAAGGGGUCUGGCACGGAGUCAGACAGCGACGAGUCAGUACCAGAGCUGGAGGAGCAGGACUCUGCACAAGCACAAACACAGCAGGCUCAGCUUGCAGCAGCAGCUGAAAUCGACGAAGAACCCGUCAGCAAAGCAAAACAGAGUCGGAGCGAGAAGAAAGCUCGCAAGGCAAUGUCCAAGCUGGGUCUACGGCAGGUGACGGGAGUUACGAGGGUUACCAUUCGCAAGUCCAAGAACAUCCUGUUUGUCAUCACCAAACCAGAUGUCUACAAAAGCCCCGCCUCCGACACAUACAUCGUCUUUGGAGAGGCAAAGAUCGAGGAUCUUUCACAGCAAGCCCAGCUGGCAGCGGCAGAGAAGUUCAAGGUCCAGGGAGAAGCAGUGUCAAACAUCCAGGAGAACACACAGACGCCCACUGUACAGGAAGAAAGCGAAGAGGAGGAGGUUGACGAGACCGGGGUGGAAGUAAAGGACAUCGAACUGGUGAUGUCACAAGCCAACGUGUCACGGGCGAAGGCUGUACGUGCGCUCAAGAAUAACAACAAUGAUAUCGUCAACGCCAUUAUGGAAUUGACGAUGUGAUGGGCUGAAGAACAGAGAAGACGUAAUCUGGGGUCUUGCUGUUGAUUCUGCACUCGUUUGUACCAUUUAUACCCAGGAGAUUAAUAAAAUUAUGGAUUGAUGAGAUGGAAAA